AUGGUCAACGUUACCUACGAUAGCUGCAAGUCCGGAGACCUUCAGUGGUUCGACCCCGCAACAGGCGACACCGUUGUCUACAACCUCGGAGACAUUGCAUGGGUCCUCGCCUCAACAGCUCUCGUCUGGAUCAUGAUUCCUGGUGUCGGCUUCUUCUACUCUGGUCUCCUCAGACGCAAGAAUGCCCUCAGCAUGAUAUGGAUGUGCAUGAUGACUGUCGCAGUAGUAUCUUUCCAGUGGUUCUUCUGGGGUUUCUCCUUAGCAUUCAGUGACACCGCAACAAAUCACUAUAUUGGCAACCUACAAUAUUUCGGCUUGAAGGGCGUUUUGCAACAACAAUCUGUCGGUAGCGUGCGAAUCCCAUCGCUCGCGUUUUGCGUCUUCCAGUUGAUGUUCGCCGCCAUUACCCCGAUGCUCGCCAUCGGUGCAUUCGCGGAGCGCGCCCGUCUCGGCCCCAUCAUGGUGUUCGUCUUCGUUUGGUCAACACUCGUCUACGACCCAAUCGCUUGCUGGACAUGGAAUUCUUCCGGUUGGUCCUUCAUACUUGGUGGACUCGACUUCGCUGGCGGUACGCCGGUACACAUCUCGUCCGGGACUGCUGCGUUGGCGAUCUCCAUCUACCUAGGCAAGCGCCGCGGGUACGGGACGGAGCGUCUGGCGUACAAGCCACACAACACGAGCUACGUCGUGCUUGGGACGGUCUUCCUGUGGUUUGGCUGGUUCGGGUUCAACGGCGGCAGUGCGCUCAGCGCGAACUUGCGUGCGAUUCAGGCGUGCAUCGUCACGAACUUGGCGGCGAGCGUUGGUGGCCUUACCUGGAUGUUGUGGGAUUACCGUCUCGAGCGCAAAUGGUCAACUGUCGGCUUCUGCUCUGGCGCGAUUGCCGGACUGGUCGCGAUCACCCCUGGUUCUGGUUUCGUAGGCUCUCCUGCGGCGGUUUUGUUCGGCGUCAUGGCCGGCACAAUCUGCAACUUUGCAACGCAGCUCAAGUUCUACUUCAAAUACGACGACUGCCUCGAUAUUUUUGCCUCGCACGCUAUUGGCGGUGUCGUCGGCAACGUCCUUACUGGUCUCUUCGCGCAAUCUAGCGUGGCGGGCUUUGACGCGAUCACCGUGAUUCCCGGAGGCUGGCUAGAUCAUCACUAUGUGCAGCUCGGCUACCAGCUUGCCGACUCUGUGUCCGGCAUGAGCUACUCGUUCGUCGUGACCACAAUUAUUCUCUGGGUCAUGCACUUCAUCCCAGGCUUGCGCCUGCGGUGCACAGAGGAGGCGGAGAUCAUUGGCAUCGACGACACAGAGAUGGGCGAGUUUGCGUAUGACUAUGUCGGACUCGAUUUCGCGACGGGUCAAUUUCAUGACGACACGCACUCGACGAACGGCCUUGCCGCGGCUGCGGGUGGCCGAGAACCCAAGCACGAACGCCACGCUGACGUAGAUGUGGCCGUCCGCGAACGCGAAGGCAGCACGGGCAGCACGGUGGAGGGCAGCGGGGACGAGAAGACGCGCGACCCUGCUGCAUGA